AAAAGAAAACAUUUCGGCCGUCUCAAAGAUAAUAAUGUUGUACCUCUUCCUUUUUUAUUUGUUCCCCUAUUUAAACAACGGGUAUGAUCCAAUCAAUUUUUCACGUUUUUUUCUUUUUUAAAAUCAGCCCAUGUAUAUUUUUUUAUCGUUUCACGAAAAAAAAAUUUUUAUGUAUUGUCACGUUACUUUUUUUGAAAUUUUUGAUUUCUUAUUAUCCAAUUAUAGUAAUAUUAUAUAGCAUUACAGAAUUAGGAUUGUGUGGCUUUUGUGGGAUUUGUGGGAUUUAUGGCAUUAAAAUUAUAGUUGUGUAUCAUCCAAUUAUAGUAAUAUUAUAUAGCAUUAGAAUAUAGAAUUAGGAUUUGUGGGAUUUGUG